AUGAAUGAAUACAGCGACGAGAUCGGGGAGCAUGUGCCCGGGCCGUCGGAAAAUGAGUUCAGCCACCUGAAGCCGAGCCGCUGGUGGUUCGCCUCAUCGGCGUUCCCUAUGAUCGCGGGCACCCUCGGCCCUGUCGCCUCAGCCUUCAGUAUCUGCGCCCUCGUCCGGCCAUGGCGCCAGAGAUUCCCACCUGGGACCGAUAUCACCAAGGCCCCCUACGUCAUGGACCCGACCUGGCUGACGGCCAUCAACGCCAUCCAGCUGUUCAUCGCCAUCGUCGCCAACAUGUCCCUGCUCCUCAACAUGACGCGCCGUCUCAGCUUCACCAUCGCGCAGCCCGUCACCAUAGUCGGCUGGUACGUCUCGGCGCUCACUCUGAUCGCUCUCACGGGCACAGGCUCGGGCCCCCUCCAGCUAGACGGUCCGUUUGUCUGGUCCCAGGCGUUCUACUACGCCAUCUACUCGGCCAUCCUGUACUUUGUGAUUGCCUCGCUCAUGGUCAUCACCUACCUCGGCGCACAUACCGGGAAAUAUCCCAAGGACUUCCUGCUCACGUCGAGCCAGCGGACACUGAUGCUGCAGACCAUCAUGUUCCUGGUAUAUCUCCUAGUUGGAGCGCUCGUGUUCUCCACCAUCGAAGGCUGGUCCUACCUCGACGCCGUGUACUGGGCCGCCGUGACGCUGUUCACCGUCGGCUUUGGCGACCUGUACGCGCAGACGACGCUCGGCCGGGCGCUGCUGCUGCCCUACGCGUUCAUCGGGAUCAUCAGCCUCGGUCUAGUCAUCGGGUCCAUCCGCAGCCUAGUGCUCGACCGUGGCAAGCGACGGCUCGGCGCCCGCAUGAUGGAAAAGAAGCGCCGGCGCACGCUGCGUCGGAUGACACGCAAGGGGCAAGACGACAUCCUCGUCCCCAUCAUCGACGACAACUCCCCGCUCUCCAAGCCAUCCUCCGCUCGGGCCGCCGACUCGGCCGCUGCCGAGCUGACCGAGUUUGAACGCCGCGAGCGUGAGUUCAACAUCAUGCGCGAGAUCCAGGAGGUGUCGGCUCACCGUCGCCGUUGGGUUGCUAUGGGGGUGUCCACCAGCACCUGGCUCGUCCUGUGGCUCGUGGGGGCAAAGGUGUUUCAGCUGUGCGAGCAGCGCUACCAGCAGUGGAGUUACUUUGACGGCUUCUACUUUUCCUUUGUCAGCUUGACCACGAUAGGGUAUGGUGAUGUGACGCCGAUCUCCAACGCCGGGAAAUCGUUUUGGGUGUUUUGGGCGCUGCUGGCCUUGCCCACCAUGACUGUUCUGAUCUCUAAUGCGGGCGACACCAUUGUCAAGGGAAUUCGGGACGCCACAGACCAGAUUGCCACGGUGACUAUUUUGCCCAGCGAGCAGGGGUUCAAGAAGGAUCUCCGGAAGCUGCUCGGGACGCUGUCGUUCGGUGUUUUGUUUAAGGAGGACAUCGAGAGCGAACCCACUGGGUUUCUCGGGCAGUCCCAGCGCCUCAAGCGCGACUUCAACAAUGUUCGGAACGCCAAGGGCGACGAAGAGGCCCAAGAGACUAUGCACCAGGCUGAAGCGGACAUAGAGUCGGAGAGCGCCGAAACGGCCGCGGGAAAGCUAAAGCGAGCGAGGCGUACAGAGUUCGAAGAAGGUCACGAAGCCCGGGCGGAAACCAACGCAGCCGAAGAGGAAAAGGCAGGAGAAGAUCGAGACAAUCUGCGCUCGCGAGCCAAUUUCCCCCACCUCGCCAAAACAACCUCCUCCCCAGGCCCCAGACAAAACAACAACCACCCCCACGGCCUCUCUCUAAAACACACCAACUCCAUCCCCCGCGAGCGCGACCAACUCCCUCUCGCCCUGCCCGACUCCCCGCACGAUUAUCACAUCACCCUAAUCGACGAGAUCCGCCGUGUCACGCAACACCUCAAGCACCAGCCGCCGCGCAAGUACAGUUUCCACGAAUGGGCGUGGUACCUAAGGUUGAUUGGCGAGGAUGAGGCGGAUGCGGGGAGACAUCGGCGUGCCCAACCCCCCGCAAAACAACAAGCCGAACCCAAAACCACACAACCCAACCCCGAAUCUGACAAAAUAAACACCAAAGAAACAAACGACCAAUCCCCCUGGAGCUGGGUCGGCGCCCGUAGUCCCCUAAUGGGUUCACAAGAGGAAGCGGAGUGGAUUCUGGAGAGGCUGAUUGCCCGGCUUGGGAAGGAGUUGAGGGGGAAGAGGAGGGAUAGGGAACGGGAACGGGAACGGGAGGGUGAGAAUGAGAGUAAACCGUGA